AUGGCUUCCAACUACAAUAUGCAUACUUCUUCACGAGUAGCUAUCAUUGGUGCGGGUGUUAGUGGUUUAGCAGCUGCUAAGCACUUAGCCCGACACCGUCCACAAGUCUUUGAAGCCUCUGAUUCUAUUGGAGGUGUUUGGAGAAAAUGUACGUAUGAAACGACUAAGCUACAGUCGGUUCGAGUAAGCUACGAAUUCUCCGACUUCCCUUGGCCGAACAGAUGCGAAAGUAGCUUCCCGACCUAUGUGGAGGUGUUGGAUUAUUUGGAAGCUUAUGCAAAGCAUUUUGACCUUCUAAAAUACAUAAAACUUAACUGCAAAGUCGUUGAGGUUAGGUUCAUCGGUGAUGGUCAAGAUUUACAUAUGGGAAACAUCGGUGCGUACGGCAACUUGUUGCCAGGGAAACCUGUCUGGGAAGUUGCUGUUAGGACCGAGCAUGGUGAUAUUAAGUGGCAUGCAUUUGAGUUCUUGGUACUAUGUACUGGAAAAUACGGUGAUGUACCAAGAAUCCCAACGUUUCCGGUGAAGAAAGGACCGGAGAUAUAUAAAGGAGAAGUGUUACAUUCCAUGGAUUACUCCAAGUUGGAUAAAGAAAAGGCUUCUCUUCUCCUCCGUGGCAAGAACGUGGUCGUGAUUGGUUCCAAGAAAUCGGCCAUUGAUUUGGCGUUAGAGUCCGCUUUAGCUAAUCAAGGAGAAGAAGGGAAAACAUGCACAAUGGUGGUGAGAACACCACAUUGGGUGAUCCCACAUUAUUGGGUUUGGGGCUUACCAUUCUUCUUGUUCUACUCAACUAGAGCUUCUCAAUUCAUUCAUGAGAGGCCUAACCAAAGCUUCUUUAUAACUAUCUUUAGUCCAAUCUUCUCUCUUCUGCGUGCCGCAGUUUCAAGAUUCAUCGAAUCAUAUGUUUUAUGGAAGCUUCCUUUAGAGAAAUAUGGUCUUAAACCGGACCAUCCAUUCCAGGAAGACUAUGCUUCUUGUCAAAUGGCGAUCAUGCCCGAGAAUUUCUUCGACGAAGCGGAUAAGGGAACAAUCCGUUUCAAAAGGACAAAGAACUGGUGGUUUUAUGAUGAAGGAGUUGAGUUCGAGGAUGGAACUACUCUAGAAGCUGAUGUUGUGAUACUCGCGACAGGAUAUGAUGGCAUGAAGAAGCUCAAAGACAUUGUCCCUGAACCUUUUCGGACAUGGCUUGAGUUUCCUUGGGGUAUCAUACCGUUAUACAGGGGAACAAUCCAUCCAUUGAUACCGAACAUGGGUUUCAUCGGACAUGUUCUAGGCGGCUCUAAUUUGAAGUCAUCAGAAAUACAUGCAAGGUGGCUAAGUCAGCUCUUGGACGAUAAAUUCAAGUUGCCAAGCAAAGUAAAGAUGUUGGAUCAAUUCCUCAAAGAAAUGGAUGUUAUGAGAAGAUCAAGCAGAUUCUAUAGAAAUCAUUGUUUCUCCACUUUCAGCAUUCAACAUGCUGAUGAGUUGUGUAAUGACAUGAAUCUGAAGCCUUAGCGUAUAAAAAUGAAUAAUGUAUAAGACCAUUUCAU